GGGCUCCCUGCAGCACGUGAUCUCUCUCGUGGUCUCCCCUCCAAUGCCAGGACCCCACUUUGCUGGGAAGCCUGGCCAGGAUCACAGACAGGCUAGACUAGCCCUAUGGGUUGAUACACAAACUUUCUGCCCCCAAGACCUAGGGACGGAGCUCAGCCCUGGGUGAGCCGCCUCCAGACCAGGCAGGCCUUGGAAGAGGGGCGGAUCAGUCUCCGCCUGCCCUGGGGGCUGGACCCCCGCCAGGCCUAGACCGGAUCGUUUUUCUCCGGGUCGGCGGGUCUAGCCGGACAGAUCACGUCAGAGGACGGACGGGUCGACGCUGUAGCGCUCGAUUGAGUUGGUCUGUCGGAGGGGGCACCCGCAUUUCCGCCCCGCUGAGCGGCACGCCGGUGGAUGACAUGCUUAGCAGGCGCCCGGCGCCAUUGACACGUCAUCGCGAGGGGCGGGGUAAGCGAGCCGGCCGGCUGGCGAAGACUGGACCAGAUCCCCAUGGAGCUGCCAGGGGAGACUCGGCCUUGUCCCAGGGGCCACCUCCUGGACCUGCCCUGGGAGGACAUCCUGGUGCCACACAUCCUCUGCCAUCUGCCGCUGCGACAGCUCCUGAGCCUGCAGCGGGUCAGCAAGCCAUUCCAGACUCUCAUCCAGCUGUACUUGGCCAACAUGCGCUGCUUUGACUCCAGCCAGGUUGGCCCUCAUCUCCCCAAAGCUGCUUUCUGUAACCUUCUGAAAGACAAUGAAGUCCUGCAACAUUUAGCGCUCCAGAACUGCUCUGAUUGGCUGACUGACAAGGAGCUGCUUCCUGUGAUUGGCCAGAACCACCACCUGCAGGAGAUCCAGCUGAGCAGCUGCCUGCAGCUGAGCCGGCAUGCCCUGGUGGCCAUCUCGCUGAGCUGCCCCAAUGUGCGCUCUCUCUCCCUGGCUCACUGCGAGUGGGUGGACAGCCUCUCUCUGCGCAGCCUGGCUGACCACUGCAAAGGACUUGAGUCUCUGGACCUGACAGCCUGUCGCCAGCUGAAGGAUGAAGCCAUCUGCUACCUGGUGCAGAAGUGCAGCAGGCUGAAGUCCCUCUCUCUGGCUGUCAAUGCCAACGUGGGCGACACGGCAGUGGAGGAGAUUGCCAAGUGCUGCCGUGAGCUGGAGCACCUGGACCUCACCGGGUGUCUGCGAGUCAAGAACGAGUCCAUUAGGGUCCUGGCCGAGUACUGCACCAAGCUGCGCUCGCUGAAGGUGAAACACUGUCACAAGGUGGCCGAGUCCAGCCUGAGCAUCCUCCGUGGCCGUGGGGUGGAGCUGGAUGUGGAGCUGCCGCUGCAGAGGGCCCUUGUUCUUCUGCAGGACGGGGUUGGAUUCGCCCCCUUCAUUAACCUUCAGAUCUAGAGGAGGGGGAUGGCUGCUGCUGAAGGGGGGAGAGAACCCAGUUGGCCUCUGCCUCCCGGAGGGUGCUUAAGAAAUUGCUGCUGAGACUCUCAGAGGGAGCAGUCAGUCCCAUCAGUGUGGCUGGUCCUGAUCGGGCUCCCUGACCUCCCUCUACCCCUUGCCCCCUUGGUGCUCUUUAGCCACUGCUGUGUUUGCAAUGGGGCUCCCUCAUUGCCUCCUGGGGGAAGCAGCAGCCCUUUGCAGUGGUUUGAAAAGCGAGAGGCGCUCUCAGCAGCACCGUGGUGCUGAACACGUCCCGGCAGGGCCAGGUCGGCUGGUAAAUGGGAUAUAUUAUUUAAGCAAUAUUUAAAAUCUCUAAGCCCAGCAUGCUGGGCAUCGGCUGUACAGAGAGCAGAACACUGUGCAGGGACUAUUGCCAUGGACUGGCUGCAGAACUGUUGAAUAAACCAGACCACCUCUGCCCUA